AUGGACAUUUGGAACGAAAACAACCAUGUGUACAACAUUAGAUUGGCAAAGCUUUCAGGAGUGUUUCAAUUAUUAAAUACCGCAUCCAUUAAAUUUCUUGGCCGAAAUGUGUACCACAUUUUAAUGACAAUCAUUAUGCUUUUUGUGUGUGCCGUCGCAAUGGUCUUGAUCGUCAGUAGUCCGUACUAUUGGUCGGACGAUAUUCUCGUAGGCGUAGAUUAUGGUUGGAAAGGAAUAGCCGCGUUGUACCUGUCGUUUAAGGUAUGGAACAUCGUCUAUCACUCUGACGACAUAUGGGACUGCUUGACGGUCACGCGGUACGAUUUUACAUCGCAAAGCCUCCGGAACAGACAUAUUUUGGAUCAUUGGCGAGAACGUUCGGUGUGGAUCACGAACAAGAUAGCCAUCAUGUAUCUGAUGGCACUGGUGUUUUUCGCUUGCAAUUCUCUGUUGUUCUGUGACGAUAUAUCGACGGUCAAAAAUCACGACGGUUCGGUCGGCAAUUACCGGCAGAACAUAUUCAAUUUGUAUUUAAUAGUAACCGACGAAACGUACAACGCGCACUACUAUACGUUUUACUUCGUCGAACUGUUCUUCGUCGUCUGCCUUGUAAUGCUGUCCUUCGUAUUCGAUUUUCUUCUGGCGACACUGUGCCUGGCCGUGUCCUGCCAGUUACAAAUGAUUAAAGCCUCGUUCGCGUCUGUCGGAUAUAAAUCACUUAGUGACCCUCAUACACCUAUCAUCGGUAACAAAGAUGAAAGAAAAAAUUUAUCGAACGAACACGAUUUAAUAUAUGACGAGAUAAUAUCAAUUAUAAAGGAUCAUCAAGCAGUUAUGAAGAAAUAUUAUGAAUUAUUAAUUAUAUUCAAACGAUUAAUGUUGUUGCAAGUUUUUUAUUCGUCAAUAUCGCUCAUCGUAAUUUGGGUUAUCUUCAUAAUGAUUUUCAAAACCGAAGAUAAAUUUAUUGCUUCGGAAGUUACAACAGUCAAAAUGAUUUGCGCAAUUCCUACAAUUUCGUAUCAAUUAAUCAUUGUAUGUUAUUUAUUUGACAAUUUACACAAACAAAAAGAUUCAAUCAUAUUCGCAUUGUACAGCAGUAAUUGGACCGAAAUGAAUAUGAAGUGUAAAAAGUUGGUAUUAUUGACAAUGAAAAUUAAUAAUGCUAACCAAAAAAAGUUAAAAUUUACUAGGACGAAAAUUGUAAACUUGGAAUUGUUUUAUAAUGUGAGUACU